GCGAAGCGCGUGUGUCCCGGGCUCCGAGGCGCUUUUCUUCGUGGUGCUGAUCGCUAUGGGGUCUGAGACGAGAGCAGGGAGGACGCCGUGGCUGCUCUUCACGUUGGUGAUCCUGCGCUCCCUGGCAUUGGGCUGGGGUGACGUGCACAGCGCGAAUCCUAAAAUUGAAGUUGCUGAGAAUAAUCCCGUCACACUGUCCUGCUCCUUCUCGGGCUUCUCCUCGCCCCGUGUAGAGUGGAAGUUUACCAACAGGACCGGCACCACCCUUGUCUGCCAUGACAGUAAGAUCACAGCUUCCUUUGAGGACCGGGUCACACUCUCAGGUGCUGACCUCCACUUCAAAUCUGUGACCCGGAAUGACAAUGGGACAUACACCUGUAUGGUCACUGAUCAUGAUGGCAACACCUAUGGGGAGGUCAACGUCUAUCUCACUGUGCUGGUGCCUCCAUCCAAGCCAACAGUCAGCAUCCCCUCAUCUGCCACCAUUGGGAGCCGGGCGGUGCUGAUCUGCUCAGAGAAUGACGGUUCCCCACCCUCCAAGUACUACUGGUUCAAGAACGGGGUGCCGUUACCUUUAGAGCCCAAGAACAACCGCGCUUUCAGCAACUCUUCUUAUACCCUGAAUGAACACACAGGGGAGCUGAUCUUUGAUCCUCUGACUGCCACUGAUAGUGGAGACUACUCUUGCCAGGCACAGAAUGGGUUCGGGUCACCCAUGAAGUCGGAUGUGGUGCACAUGGAAGCUGUGGAGUUGAACGUGGGGGGCAUUGUGGCGGCUGUCCUGGUAACCCUCAUUCUCCUUGGAUUGUUGAUCUUUGGCAUCUGGUUUGCCCAUAGCCGAGGCUACUUUGACAAAGCAAAGAAAGGGACCUCAAGUAAGAAGGUGAUUUAUAACCAGCCCAGCACCCGCAGUGAGGGGGAUUUCAAGCAAACCUCUUCCUUCCUGGUGUGACCCUGGCCCCUGGUGUGACCCUGGCCGUCUGUCUCCUGUCCUCUGCUCGCCUUCCUCAGGUGCUACAGACUCUGGCCCUGACUCUAGUUCACAGGAUGCCUUGCUUCUCACCCCCACCGUGGCCUCUUUUAUUUUCCGGAGGAUGUGUUUUUAAUACUGCCAGCCCCUUACUCUUUCACGUUCCCCACUAACUUCCCACCACUGCUGAGUGGCCUGGACUUGUUUAAAGUUUUCGUUCCCCACCCCCACAAGGGACGAGGCAACAGUCACCAGUGAUGCCUGUUGAUUUCCCUGUGCUGGCCACUCACUCCCCACUGGCCUAUAGUGGCCCUUGAAUGGGAAUCUUGAGCCCAGGUCCUUGGCUUUCCUCUGAGGCUGGUCCCAGCUUUUCUAAUGGGGACAGGCGGCUGGAACAGCAGAAAUGAGUGUUUUGAGGUGACAUAGCGUCUCUUCGUUCACCGGAGCCCACUCUUCUGUCUUCUACGAAGACCCUGUUGAACACCAGCAGGCCAACCUGACUGUCGGUAGCAAACAGGAGCCUUUGUUGAGAACAUGCUGAGCUUUCAGGAGAUACAGCUGUAAAGCCGUAAACCGCUGAUGUAAAGAGCUGGAGCUGUUUCUCAAGCCAUCCCUCUUCCCUUGGCUGGAACAAUGGGACAGAUCCUUUUACGAUGUCUGCAGGGAUAUUUUAGGGACCUGUGAGAUUGUCUUAGCUGAGCUCGAGUGUGCAUGAUGUGUGUGCGUGCCUGCAUUACCUUAGCUCUGUGGUGAUACUAAAAGGGAGGAGGGCUUCUGAGUUCUUUGAUGAGGUUGUGUGUGUGCACGUGUGUUUAUCUGUAUAUAGCUGGCUAUUGUUGGAAAUAAAAAUCUGGUAUGUCAGAGCUGCUUCUUGUAGGGAAUGGGGGCAGCAAAGUGCCCUGGCUUCUUUGUACAAACAGAUCCCUUAAAGCUCUGCCUCCAGCUUCCUGUGCUGUCCCCACCCUGCUUCCUCCCUAGUUCCUGUGCAAGGCAGAGCUACCAAGCACUGGACCACAUUCCAGAGCAACCUGAGACACACCUUGCUCAAGUGGGAGUUGCCAGGGCCAGGCUGCUGCUGGGGUGCUGAUGGGGUACUGGCCUCUUAAUCCCAGUGAGAGGACAAAGUUCCCCCUCCAACCUCACUCCAGCUAGGUGCACUGAGGGGCUUCUCUCAGACCUCAGGAAAGCCCUCUCCAAGGCCUGUGGCAGGGGAUUCUCACACUUGGAGAAGAACCGCUUUAGUAGUAGGAUAGAAUAGUGACUACUCUAUUUAGUGGGGUAGAUGCUUGAGAAAAUCUGAAUGAACAAUUAAGGACAAGCAGGUGGCCCAUCAUUGCUGUCUUCCUUCCCAUCUGGACCCUUCCUUGCCCUUAAGUUUCUACUUUCCUCUACCACAAUCCCUAGUCUAUUUAUUAACUAGCAAGAGGGCAAAUUGGGGUCCUCAUCUUGCUUUAUUUCUUUCACUGGUGGGGUAUUAAAUGCUAGUAGGCCCGGUUCUAUUGCUUAGUUGAAAACCCCUAGCAGAAUUAGGAGUUUCUUCGCUGUCAGAGGCAAAAGGAACAACAUCAAAUGAAACCAUCCAUUAAGGGUCAUGCAUCAAUAGAAAAAAAUAAAAUUUCCAGAUGGAAAUAAAAUCUAAUUAGACAAUAAAAGAUCAUAAAACGGUUCAGUAAGAAUAAGAUUUUUACAGUAUGUUUCAGUUCCCUGUUAGGGCCAGGGAUGGGGAGGGAGGCCACAGGGAAAGAUGAGUCAGGGCUCCUGUGGGUCUGAGGUGAGUGGCUGCCUCCUCCCAGGUCACUGUCUCGAGUGAGUCAGUUAUAAUCUGCUGUGGACUUUUUUGUCUCCACUUGUAACAACUUGGGAAACAUCGUGUCUGCUUUCAUUUUAGA